AUGAUGGAGCCAGUUGGUGAUGCUACUAAAGACCUAGAAGGUUUCAAUAAGCCCCCCAAGAAACUCCCUAGCAAAGAGUGGGUCUCAGGCUUUGGCCCCCGGAUCACCUGUGUUCCUGUGCUGACUUCCACCUUCGAGGGUUCCGUUUUUCCGGAUCUUGAGCUUCAGAGCACUGGAUCUUCAAAGGCCCUUGUAGUGCCUCAGGACAGAGUGAUAGAGACCUUGGACCCCAAAGCCCUGGUAUCUGCCAAGCCAGAUGCCACCAUAAAGGGGCUCGUACGUUAUACAGUUUCUGGGCAGUUCUUGUCAGCUGGGAGGCACGUCGAGCAAGAAAAAAUGAUCUAUUUUCUUCUCCUUGACCGUAAAGAAAGGUAUCCCAGCCACGAGGACGAGGACCUCCCCCCAAGGAAUGAAAUAGACCCUCCCCGGAAGCGUGUCGACUCUCCAAUGUUAAACAGACACGGGAAACGGAGACCCGAGAGGAAGUCCAUGGAGGUCCUCAGCGUGACGGAUGGCGGCUCCCCUGUCCCUGCCCGCCGAGCCAUUGAGAUGGCCCAGCACGGCCAGAGGACAUUGACUCUGAGGGGUUCUUCCUCGGGCAGAGUGGCCCAGGGCCUUCCCUCCCCAAGGGUGACCCCUCACCCCUCUCCGAGGGGCAGUCCCCUCCCCACCCCCAAGGGAACGCCCGUGCACACGCCAAAGGAGAGCCCGGCGGGCACGCCCAACCCCACCCCGCCGUCCAGCCCCAGCAUCGGAGGGAUGCCCUGGAGGACGCGCCUCAACUCCAUCAAGAACAGCUUCCUGGGCUCUCCGCGAUUCCACCGACGGAAACUGCAGGUACCUACACCGGAGGAGAUGUCCAACCUGACCCCAGAAUCAUCCCCAGAGCUCGCCAAAAAGUCCUGGUUUGGUAACUUUAUCAACCUGGAGAAAGAAGAGCAGAUCUUUGUGGUCAUCAAAGACAAGCCACUCAGCUCCAUCAAGGCCGACAUCGUGCAUGCCUUCCUCUCGAUUCCCAGCCUCAGCCACAGCGUCAUCUCUCAGACAAGCUUCCGCGCAGAGUACAAGUCCACAGGAGGGCCAGCCGUCUUCCAGAAACCGGUCAAGUUCCAGGUGGACAUCACGUACACCGAAGGGGGCGAGGCCCAGAAGGAGAACGGCAUCUACUCAGUCACUUUCACACUUUUGUCAGGUCCAAGCCGUCGCUUUAAGAGGGUGGUGGAGACCAUUCAGGCCCAGUUGUUAAGCACACACGACCAGCCAUCCGUCCAGCAAUUAUCAGAAACCCCCCAUUCAGCUCCAGGACUAAGCUGGGGAGCUGUGUUUAAGGGCCAGAAGGUGGCCACCAGCUACGAGAGUAGCCUCUGA